CACCUUUCAAUCUUUCAUCGCCUCAACUCGAACAAGAAAAUUUUCUUGCGAGAAACGACUGCAAAUGGCAAAGACUCUAAUGUGGCGACCGUAUGUUCUCUCCUCCACACGCCCCCAUCGCCGUCACUCUCUACUCCAUCACCAAGCUCUCCCUUCGUCAUCAUCCCUUCCCCAACCCCCGAAACGACUCUUCUUUUCACACUACGCAAUCCUUCCGAAGAAAACCGAAACAAACUUCUUGUUUUGGUCUUGCACCCAUGACAGAAAAACAAAGCUCCAAAUUGAGAGCGAUGGCUAUAAGUUAUCAAAAUUAGGGUUUGGUUUCGUGGGUAACCGUAGAUUCACUGUUAGAGCCACGAACGUCAAUGAUGCCGGGUCUAUUGACUCGCCUCUCAUGCAAUCCAUGGAAAAAAAGAUUAAGGAGGAACUAAAUGCAGAAUCAGUCACUGUGAAAGAUGCAUAUGGGGAUGGUCGGCAUGUCAGUGUUGAUGUUAUCUCUUCAGCCUUUGAAGGACAGUCAGCCGUGAAUAGACAGAGGAUGGUUUAUAAAGCCAUAUGGGAGGAGCUUCAGAGCACAGUGCAUGCAGUUGAUCAGAUGACUACCAAGACCCCUGCUGAAGCAGCAGCCCAGAAGUGAUUAAAAAUUUACCUCUACGUCAAUUUAGAGGCAAAUAUUCUCUAUUGAGUUUUCUUGUAGAAGAACAAAUUUAUAUUCCAUUUUCUCUGAGUUGCUCUUGGUAGAAUUCUAUCAAUGGUGAUAAGACAUUACUUAUUACUGUUACAUUGCUAGUCUAUUUUUAUGGAGCAUCUGUUUCCGUUC